AUGGCCUCGCCCGCGGCCCUCAGUGAUCUCCUCGGUUACGCCUCUAUAGGCUGCUGGCUCGGUGCCCAGUUCCCCCAGGUCCUCGAGAAUAUCCGCAGGCAGUCAUGCGACGGCCUCGCCCUUCCAUUCCUCUUCAGCUGGCUUCUUGGUGAUGCGACCAAUCUUCUGGGCUGUAUCCUAACCCAUCAGCUCCCAUUCCAAACCUAUCUCGCGACGUAUUUUUGUUUCGUCGACUUCACCCUCCUAGCCCAGUUCUUCUAUUACCGCUCUAUCUCGAAGCCGAUCUUACCGCCCUUCCUCCAUGGCCGCCAACGCACCGGUUCGAUCGCCACUCGCCGCAUAUCCAUCGAACGCGCGCCCAUACACUACCGUACACUCUCCAACGUCGCAGCGAACGUAGCAGCGGCAGCAGCGCUCGCGGCGGAACAAGAAGAGCAGUCGCGCUGGCACAGACACUCUCUCGAGCGCCCGCCGUAUUCGACGAUCGACGCGCUCGAAGAAGAGGACGAUGACGACGAGGUCUCCGAGGAGGCCCUCGCUCGCCUGGCGGACAGCUUCCACUCCGAGGGCGGGCGCUCGCGGCGGGGGAAGAAGGUCUCGUGGAGCCAGGAGCGCCGCGGCGCGAGCUUGGGCAGGAGCCAGCGGCCGCCUUUAUCUCCUCCAACACACAUCCAUUCGUCUCUUCUGAUGACGGCGCAGGCCGAUCUUGGCGACGCGCCAGAUAUUCUUCCCAGGGGUAGGCCGCUGUCCAGGGGAGGACAGGCGGCGGACGAGGAGGAGGACGAGCUUGACUGGUCGGGUGCGCAGAGGCGCAGCUCGCGGGCCAGUCGGAAAGGUGCGAGUAUGGUGUUCAUGGGCGUGUGGGCGCUGUUUGGGAUUGGGACGCUGGCGGGAGGGCAGCGAGUGGUGAGCGAUAGUCUGAGUACAGGCCGGGUUUUACACCGCGCGGAAGUCCCAGUGCCAUAUAUCGCGAACUCCGUACCGACGGUGCACUCGAAUUCUCUAUUUCAUGUUCCUGAGCCCACGUCCGUGGUGCUCGAUUUCGUCGGAGUACAAGAGGACGAAACAUUCAGCGCCUUCCGUCAACCACCGCCAUCCACUGAAUUUAUCAUCGGGCGGAUCUCAGCAUGGGUGUGCACGACGCUGUAUCUGACUUCGCGACUGCCCCAGAUAUGGAAGAAUUUUGUCAGGAAAUCCGUCGAGGGACUCUCGAUAUAUCUGUUCAUCUUCGCCUUCCUCGGCAAUUUGUUUUACGUCGCUUCCAUCCUCGCUUCUCCAAAGCUGGGCCUCCCAGCACCCGAAGCCUCGGCGUUCAUUCGCGAGAGCACACCGUAUUUGCUGGGCAGCGGGGGCACGCUCAUGUUCGAUGUGAUUAUCGUCAUGCAGGCGCACAUUUACCGAGCAAAGCCCCACGGCCACGGGCGGCGGAACUCGCGGACGGUGAACGAGGAGGAGGCCGGGCUGCUGAGUGCAGGCGCGACGGGCGCGGAGGAUUCCACUACGCCGUCACGGCGACGGAUGGGUAGCUCGACUGAGCCCGACGGUAUCUAG